AUGGCGCCAUUGCUGCAGUCACCUGCUUCUAGCACAAAGCUAUGCAGCUUGCUGCUCCUAACCCUAGCCUUCCUCGCGGCCGUCGACCAGAGCGCGGCGGGCAUCUUCGAUGAGAUCGAGCUCAUCUGGGGCGCGAGCCGCACCUACUUCUUCAUGGACGGCGACUCCGAGGCGCUCGCGCUCUCCCUCGACAAGUCGCAGGGCUCCUGCUUCCGCUCCAGGGAGAAGUACCUCUACGUCCAGAUCGACGUCGAGAUCAAGCUCAUCGAGGGCGACUCCGCCGGCACCGUCUGCACUGUCUACACGAUCUCGGAGGGCCCGUGGGAGAUUCACGACGAGAUCGACCUGGAGUUCCUCGGCAACGCCACCGGCCAGCCCUACACGCUCCACACCAACAUCUUCGCCAACGGCGUCGGCGGCCGCGAGCAGCAGUUCCGCCUCUGGUUCGACCCCACCGCCGACUACCACACCUACUCCAUCGUCUGGAACCCCAAUCACAUCCUGAUACUGGUGGACGGGAAGGCGAUCAGGGACUUCAAGAACAACGAGGACAAAGGGGUGGCGUUCCCGACGUGGCAGUCGAUGCGGACGUUCGGGAGCCUGUGGAGCGCGGAGGACUGGGCGACGCAGGGCGGGCGGAUCAAGACCGACUGGAAGCAGGCGCCGUUCGUCUCCUACUACCGCAACUACAACGUCACCUGGUGCCGGCCGUCCCCCGGCGUAGCGUGGUGCGGCGACGAGCCCAGGGACUCGGCGCGCUUCGACCUGGACCAGAAGACGCUGGGCGACCUGCAGUGGGUGCGCGACAACUCCAUCAUCUACGACUACUGCACCGACACCGUCAGGUUCAACGCCUCCACCCUCCCCAAAGAGUGCACGCUGCAGUGAGAGAGAAAAAUUAAAAACCAUCGAGUUGAGGGGAUCGAUAUGCUGAUGAUUCAUCAUUCAUUAUUCUUGUACAUCUGAAGAAACAGGUAAAAUUUUGAUUCUUUCGAUCGUCAGGCCUGUGACUGCGAUCGAUUAAUUUUGGCCGCUCCGUUUUCUUUCUGGAGCAGAUGUACCGAUGCGAUAUUUAUCUCACUUGCAUACAGAGGAGA